AUGCAUCCUAUCGUGCACCACCCGGUCGUGACGAAGCUGUCGGAUUUGUUUGACACAGAUUUUGCGAGUCAGCUCGCCUCCACACUGGCCUCUUUCAGUCCGCACGAUGGUGUUUGCCUGCGUAUUGACGCAGUAAUAUGCGCUUCGGAUAGCCCCGAGUCGAAUAUCUCGAAAGUCAUAACGAGUAACGAUAAGUCGCUGCCAUUGGGAUGGUUGAGUGUAGAAAACAAUCAAAAUUUGACUACAACGCCGAGCCAGGUUACCUCGUUGAAGUCCCCAGCAUCGUCAAAGUUCGAUUUACAAUCCAUCCAGGGGUAUCCGGCGAACUCCCAGUCCACGUCCAAGGAUGGCUGUGAUAAUGUUCGACAUAAGACUGUUAGCGGGCUACGACCGUCAAAGUCGUCUGCCAUAGCGGUGACAACGGAGGAGUCAGAUAGCGAUCCAGACACCGGGAGUCGUCUACGGCCGUCCGACGUUAGAAUCAAACCGUCAGUUCGACAAUUCCACAGCGAUACCCGCUUUCCUCAGCGCAAAAAGCCUACGAAGGAUGCAGCUACUCCCGCCUUGCAGCCCUCUUCCAUAGAUAAAUUCAUCGCGGGGAUCUGGCGACAGGUGCAUUCUCCAGUCACACUGAGUGUCUCGUUUCCGGACCGUAGACCAGAAUUCAGUCUCGGGACUGGUGUCAGUGAAACAGUUUUUCGGGCUGUCAAUGGUUUGUGCAAGAAAUAUUGUGACCAGAGCCGGUCAUCGCGAGCUCUUGAAAUAAUAGUGCAAGCAUACUGGGUGGAAUGCUAUGAAGCACGAAUUGCAUCAAUUCGACUCGAGUGCCCUCACUAUACGAAUGCCGAAGCUCGAAUGGCAGCCCUGAAAGAAGCCUGCAGCACAUUAACGUGGCAUGAAAAGGAGCUCAGGAACAGAAUGGCCGUUUGGCGUGGCUACAAAGAAAUCAAAGAUUCCGGCGGUUGGGCUAGCCUAAUAUUCGCCGGGGCCGGUAUUUACCGCAUUUGCAAAUAUAGGAUAGGCUUUGAUAACGGGCUCAUGCCUCGGUUGCGCCACAUCGCUUCAAGCCUAGAAGUCGCCGCAGAUACUCUUCACCCUGGCUGGAGAGACCUUCUUCGAGUUGUUAGUCAGAAUGGGCCUUGUCGAUAUUCCGGUCACCCUCAUGAAUGGGUCACCGUAGAUACUGGGCCAGCAUUGCCACUUGGAACCACCUACUCCCAUCUGACACUGCCGAACGACUUCAAUUACCAGUUCGUGGACGACUGCGUGAUCGAUCAAAAUGUGUUCGGUGGAAAUGACCCUCGACGCGAGCUGGGAAUUGACCCUAAUAUUUGUCAACUGUGCAAAGAAAAGCAGACCGACGAUGUGAUCUCCAACCAAUGUUCUUGCUUUCCGGCUUUGUUUGGUGGUGUUCGUUAUCCUCCUCCUGUCCAGUUGUAUAACACAACUAAUGGGAAGAAUAACGGGGUAAUCGCCCGCUGCCCCCUGCACACUGCCCUUCAAACAGUGGUCGCUAACAUCUGGCAGGAAUUCGACCGAGGCACAGCCAUUGCCGAGUUCGUCGGUCUCGUCACUCGAGGAAUUGGCGGCGUGGACGUGAUGAUGGGCGGAACCCCCGAACGACCAUAUCAGGUCUUCCAGGGCCAAAUGGGUAAUUUUACUCGCUUUAUCAACCACUCGUGUCGGCCUAAUACUCAGUUCCAGAAGUUCUAUUGGCGUGGGAUAGAACGCAUACUCGUUGUAUCUCGCGGAGUGGCCGCAGGGAGUGAAAUCACGGUCGAUUAUUCGGACUCCUACUGGAGGAAGCUCAGGAAGAACUGUUUAUGUGGGGAGACAGGUUGUCGUUUUGCCAAUCAAUUAGAGGCAUAG